CCCCGUCACCAUCUUUUUGCCUUUGCCUUUUUGUAAGCUCGAGGCCGCGACCUGGGAGAGGCCUUGCUUGUUUCCUUGUUCUUCUGCUUUGCACGCGUGUGGCAAUUCUCUCUCACUCUCCCUCUCUCGAUCUCUAUCUCAAUUUUCUUCUCUACGCGUCGAAACUACCUACAUACAUCCACUACCACAUACCCGCGCGCGUUCCUUUGGCGACCCCGGACGUCGUCAAAUGAACCUGCACCCCCCCACCAUCUUGAGCUCAUAGUCUCGCCUUCCGUCCUGGAAGGUCGUCCCGCUUCCUAAAUGGUCUUCAAGACCCUCAAUCUCCGAAGCCUUAGUCUCGCGAAGACUUUUACCCACGGUUACGCCCAAUCCGUCGUAGCCGCCUCGCAGAGCUCUUACGCCUCGCAAAACAACCCCCGCAGCAGCAAAAAGUCCAUUGCCGGCCGCCUCACGAAGCACCAUGCCUACUCAACUUCGUCGCAGCCUGGCGCCAAGGCCAAUGCCGACCACCACGAUUCCGGCUUAGCGGCAUACUACGACGCAUGGCACAAGCACCAAAAACUCGAAGGGAAGGAAUGGCAACAAUUCCAAUUUGCCAAGCGCCUCGAAUGGAAGCCUCCGUCGACCAUCCCCGAGGGCAAGACCGCUGAUGGCAAGGAAUCUGAGGUGAUUGAAGAGGGCGACGUGAGGGAAAUCCCUACCCGCAGUGGACUUGAUCGCGCGUACAGCACUAGCGCUGUGGACGACUUUAGGCAUGUCGUCGACCACGAAGCAGAAACCGAGGCCCUUGCGCGCAUCGAUGAAGCUAUCAACCGGGAAAUUGAGAGACGCAAGAAUGCUCCGGAAGAAGACGUGUUGGACCGCGAAUCCGUAGCUGCCGAUAUCCAGGAAGCUCGUUCUGCGGCUCUCUCCCGAGGUUCUCCCAGGUCUUCUACCGCUCCCACUUCCGUCUCCGAGGCCGAUGGCUAUGCAGCGCAACUCGAAAGGCUGGUUGAUGGCCGCCACUAUGCUGAGGUUCCCGCUCUGUUCGAGUCUAUGCUUGUGGGUGGCGUCAGGCCGACGGCUCCCGCCUACAAUGCUCUUCUCGCCGCCGCUAUUCACCUUCCCCGCAUCAGGAAUCAGGUUGUUCCCAAGGCAUUGGAUGUCUACUCGGACAUGCUCCGUCGCCGUGUAUUGCCCAACUCCGAGACCUACGCUAUCCUCAUAGAGUUGUUGUCGGUUCGCGCCAUGGAGGUACUUUCCUCCAAGCAAAUUCUCGAGGAAAAGCGCACUAGGUUCGGAGGUAUGGAAGAGGAAGGUCAAUUUAUGCUCCACUCACACGAGGCUGAUUUUGCCAUCCUCCUUGAAGAUGACUCUCUUAGCAUUGCUGUGAAGCUUUUUGACACUGCCUCUGCGAUUCAAUCGAAGUCUGCUUUCUCGGAAAAGACCUACCGUAAGCUGAUCACUGCCUGUGCCGAGCUUGGUAAGGUCGAAGAAAUGGUUCGUAUCUACACGCACAUGGAGUCCAACAAGGUCCUUCCUCGUGCGGAGAUGUUUGUUCCUAUGAUCCAGGCUUUUGCUUCCUCCGGUGACCUUCGAUCUUCAGUCGAGUGCUACGAUGAGUACAAGGCCCUGGCAAUUGCAAACGACAAGGGUGAAAACGCACUCGUCCGCAAGGACGACGAUGUUUACGCGGCAGUGAUCAAGGCCUACAUCAUCUGCGGUCGCGUGGAGGGUGGUCGUAAGUUCCUCGAGAAGCUCGCGGAGGCAACUCAGGCCCCGAAGCGCGUUGAAUCUCUCCGUGACAUCGUUGGUCUGAAGGCUUUCAUCCCGGUCUGGCUGAAGAACGGCGCUUUCAAGGAUGCCGUGGACCACGCCCGUGAGGAACUCAGCGCCGAUGCACGCAAUGUAGCCAUGGCGGCCAUUUGCGUCCGGGCCGCUGACAAGAACGCUCUGGAUGUGGCAACCAACGCCUUCGAAUCGCUCCCCAAGUCUAUGGAAACAUCUCUCCCGGCAACGGCAAUGAUCGCUAUGCACGUUCGUAACGGUAACAUCGACGCCGCGCAACACUUCUGGGAACUACUGGAGUUGGCGAACGCUAAGCCGCAGUUCAUUGAGCCCAGCGCCAUGUACGCCAUUGCCCUGAUCGGUAGCGGACAUGCCGAGCGUGGCCUGCAGCAGAACCGCCGCAUGUUCGCUCGUGUUCGCGAUUCGCAAAGCGCAAACGGAAAAUCCAAGGCUGAAGCGGUUGAACAAAUCGACGAGGCCAUCGAAGUCAUCGGGCAUUUCAUGAGCAAGAGGGGCGUCAUUGUCUCGGCUAAGGCCUCUAUGGAGCUUUUCUGGACGAUGAUUGAGAAUGGCGGCCUCGUGCCCAGUGUUGCCACUCAUCUGCUCGCGGGUCUUGGUCCGGACGGUGUUGCUCAGCUUGUUUUGGAAGACCUCAACCUCUUGAUGCAGGUUCAGGCAGGUAUGAUUCUCAAGGGCUUAGCUGCCGACAUUGCCGACCAGGCACGUUUCGGGCACGUUCUCGAGGUCAUGACGGCUUUCGGCACGCCCAUCGACAAGCAGACCUCUAGCUUGAUCGAGAAGGUGCUUAUGAAGCUGGAUCGCCCUGACCUGGCCCACCGUUGGAACGCUUUCCGUUACCCUGUCGCUGGAACCAUGUUUGCUCCCGUCCCGUAUCCUGUCUUCGGUCAUGCUGCUCCGCUGGCACCCACUGCUGCCCCUGAAGACACUUUCGAUCCGUACGCUGCGACUACCGACAACAAGGGCUCCGUCAUCAUCACCGAUCUACUGGAAAAGACUCAUGGACGUUCCUCGACUCAUCUUAACGAAGCCCUAGCUAAGUUCAAGAACAUUCGGAGAGCCGGCAGACACCCUCGCUACUUCACCUACGCCAAGCUCAUUUCGGCUGCCGCGAAGGAGGGUCGUCUCAACCUCGCUCAGGACAUUUUCGGACUAGCAAAGCAGGACGUUCCUCUGCUGUCUCAGCACCGCAUUGUCAGGUACGGAUGGGUCACGAUUCUCGACGCAAUGGUCUCGGCUUGUCUCACGACUGGCGACCGCCAGUUAGCCGCUCGCUACCACCAAGAGCUGCUGGACAUGGGUGCCGCUCCCUCUGCUAACACCUUCGGUCUCUACAUUACUACGCUCAAGGAGUCGACCAAGACAUUCGAUGAAGCUACCGAGGCCGUCAAGAUCUUCCACCGCGCCAAGUCUGAGGGUGUUGAGCCAUCGUCUUUCCUGUACAACGCUCUGAUCGGAAAGCUCGGCAAGGCUAGGCGCAUUGACGACUGUCUGUUCUACUUCCAGGAAAUGCGCAACCUCGGUAUUCGUCCUACCAGUGUCACCUACGGUACCAUCGUCAACGCUCUCUGCCGUGUCAGUGAUGAGAAGUUUGCCGAGGAGCUGUUCGAGGAGAUGGAGAGCAUGCCCAACUACAAGCCUCGUCCCGCGCCCUACCACAGCCUGAUGCAGUUCUUCUUGACCACGAAGCGUGAUCGCAGCAAGGUUCUUUCCUACUACGAGCGGAUGCGGUCGAGGGGCAUCGAGCCCACCGCCCACACGUACAAGCUUCUGAUCGACACGCACGCGACGCUCGAGCCCGUCGACAUGUCCGCUGCGGAGGCCGUGCUCGAGCAGAUCCGCAGCGCGGGGCAGUCACCCGAGGCGGUCCACUUCGCGUCGCUGAUCCACGCCAAGGGCUGCGUGCAACACGACAUGGCCGGCGCGCAGGCGCUGUUCGACAGCGUGGUGGCCGACACCUCCGUGCGGCCGCAAGCCUGCAUCUACCAAGCACUGUUCGAGUCCAUGGUGGCUAACCACCAGAUUGACUCCACGCAGACUUAUGUCGCCGACAUGGCCAAGCGCGGCGUCGCCAUGACGCCAUACAUUGCCAACUCGCUCAUCCACGGCUGGGCUCUCGCCAAGAACAUUGACCGCGCGUGCGCCAUCUACGACUCGGUGCCGGUGGACCGUCGCGAGCCCAGCACCUACGAGGCCAUGACGCGCGCGUUCAUGGCCGUCGAGGACCGCGCUGGCGCCGCGGCCGUGGUGCAGGAGGGCCUGUCCCGCGGGUACCCCGUCGCCGUCGCGAACAAGAUCCGCGAGCUCCUGGGCGGUGGCUGGCCUGCUGCUGAGGCUACGGCUACGGCUACGGCUUCGGCUACUGCUUAAGCCGUGCCGUGCCUCUUUAUUUCUUUUUCCAAUUCUUCACUUUUCACGUUUUCUUCUUUCUCUUUUCGAUACCUUUGGUUCUCGGGCUUGUAGAGGGGGAGGUAUU